AUGUACCAGAUUAAGGUCCUCAAAGUCUCAACCUGGGAAAAUUUCCAAAUUCACGGAAAGAAUGCCCCAAAGUCGAAGAAUCUUCCCAAAACCACAAAAAUACGCCGUUCUUUGACUUUGAGGGAUUACUUCCACAGAAGUAGAAAGUUUUGGAAGUUGAGACUCUCAGGAUCUUUAUCUGGUACAUGAGUAUCCAGGCCAACUUCCGGAGAUUUCCAGAAACAGAGUAAAGUUACCAUCCUUGGGUUGUGGUUCCAAGCCAGCCGGGAGCCGAGUUGGAGCCGAAAGUGGAGCCGUCGGAUGCCUCAGAACUGACCCAUUUAGAUGUCGACCUCCUGGCUGUGGACUUGAUGGAAGGAAUGACCACCUAUCGACGUCCCAACUCAUGUUGA